CGUCAGCCUGUUGCGUUCAUACUAGUCGCCAGAACUCUACCAGAGCUUCAGGCAUCGCUUUUCGCCAAACGCUUUUGGCAUCGCGGCGUGGCUCGUUAAUACAUAAUAUACUCGUAAAAUACAUAUAAUCCAAAUUCGGUCUACAUUUUAGCAGCGCAAGAUACAUAUAUCUUUAUCAUCAUACAAUUAAUUGUAUUGCUGAAUUGAAGAUACCAAGAAAUUGGACGCAUAAAUAUUGAAGAGAAAUGAUGAAAGCCACAGCGUGGUUUUGUCCGGUUUUACUAACUUUACUGUGUGCAACGAGGCUCGUUUGUACGGCACAGAGAGGCGGGGCGGCACAGAAAGGGGAACACCCUGAUGGAAACAGCCACAUAAACGGAUAUCCUUUGGACUACCUGGAUGCACGGAACAUACAGGAUGGUUUUUUACUCGCAAAGCGCAAUAAGCCGUCCCUGUCCAUUGUCAAUCCCUUGGAUGUCCUGCGUCAGAGGUUGCUGCUGGAAAUAGCGCGCAGGCAAAUGAAGGAGAAUACACGGCAGGUUGAAUUAAAUCGGGCCAUUCUGAAGAACGUGGGUAAACGAGUCUACCUAAAACCGGCAGGGGCAAUGAUAUCCAGACCUUACGCGCAGCAGUUGACGUUGACUGGGAGGGAGCUGGCCAGAGAAGAGCCACAAAGCAACAAGCGUCAGCAGAAGCUGCACUGGACCAAUUUCCUCAGUCCACUCCAGUGGAGAUAUGCGAUGCCACAGUCCCCAGACACUUCACAGAGUCAGAGUCAGAAAUCACGAGCUCAAAAGUUGUUUAACUAUGCAAAAAAAUCUUUAAGCGGUGCUGGUGCUGGACAAGGUCUGGGCAUGAGUGUGGUGGGGCAACAUCAAGAAAACGGAAAUGAAGUUGAAAAUGAAAAAUAUCAUGAAAAUCACGGUGAUAGAAUUGCUGCGAUGGCCAGCAAAAACGCAACCAUAUAUGUGGCAGACACGGACGUAGACGACAAUGCCAAUGAUGACGACGAGAACGUAAACACAGAGGAGGAGAGCAGGAUGGAGGAUGAGGCGUUCGAGGAGGACAAACCCAACUUGGAACAGAAUGGAAUUGCUGCAGGUGUGGACAAUACAAUUGAAUAUCUUCCCUGGAACUUUCUCUACCGCUAUCUACUGCAAAAAAAGAGCUAUAAUGACAUUUAAGCGUCUAAAGAUUGGGAUGCAAUUUCAGAUUACAUAUAACAGAUACGAUACACGAUAUACGGUUACACAUGCAUCAAAAUGGAUAAGAUGGAAUACAUAGAAAUGCAUAGUAAUGUACAUUGACGGUUCCUAAAUGGAUGGCUACAAGGCAGGCAUGUUGUGUGUGCAUAUACUCCACAUCCAAUCCACGUCCAAUCGACUCCACUCCACUCAAAUCCUUCGAUUAACAAACUUUUUCAAUGUUGCUCACUGUAUUCAAGUUUUUUAUUUUAUUCAAAUUAAAAUUAACUAGCGAUUUAUACUACCUCUCUCACAGAUACUGUUCAACAAAAAAAAGUGAAUUCCUUCUUUGAUUGAUUACAAAUCUAAACCAA